AUGCUAUCCCUCUUUAUUUUGGGCCCACUCACUAUGUCCCCUUGUGACUCAGAACAAUCAUUUGGCCUGAAGUCUGUUCAUAUCUAUCGAUCCAUCGCAGUCUGUUCAUAUCUAUCUAUCUAUCGCAGUCUGUUCAUAUCUGUCUUCCUCGGCCUGUUCAUAUCUAUCUGUCUUCCUCGGCCUGUUCAUAUCUAUCUCUCUUUCUAUCUCUAUCUCUCUCUAUUGAUCUCUAUCUCUAUCUCUCUCUAUUUAUCUCUAUCUCUUUCUCUCUCUAUUUAUCUCUAUCUCUAUCUCUCUCUAUUUAUCUCUAUCUCUUUCUCUCUCUCUUUUAUCUCUUUCUCUAUCUCUCUCUCUAUUUAUCUCUUUCUCUCUCUCUCUCUCUCAUUCUUUCUUUCUCUAUCUCUCUCUCUAUUUAUCUCUUUUCUCUAUCUCUCUCUCUCUAUCUCUUUCUCUAUCUCUCUCUCUAUCUCUUUCUCUUCCUCUCUCUAUCUCUUUCUCUAUCUCUCUCUCUCUUCCUCCCACUCUUUCUCUCUAUCUCUUUCUCUUCCUCUCUCUAUCUCUUUCUCUAUUUCUCUCUCUUCUUUUUCUCUUUCUCUAUCUCUCUCUCUCUCUUUAUCUCUUUCUCUAUCUCUCUCUCUCUAUUUAUCUCUUUCUCUAUCUCUCUCUCUAUUUAUCUCUUUCUCUAUCUCUCUCUCUAUUUAUCUCUUUCUCUAUCUCUCUCUCUCUAUUUAUCUCUUUCUCUAUCUCUCUCUCUAUUUAUCUCUUUCUCUAUCUCUCUCUCUCUCUCUCUCUAUCUCUCAUUGUGUUAUCUUUGUUUGUCGACUGUCACUCCAGGAUAUGCAUUUAUCUCUCUCAGUCCAGCUCUCUCUUUCUCUCUCUCCCAGUCCAGCUCUCUCUUUCUCUCUCUCCCAGUCCAGCUCUCUCUUUCUCUCUCUCCCAGUCCAGCUCUCUCUUUCUCUCUCUCCCCUACAUGCUCUAUCUCACUUUCUAUCACACACACACAUACACACACACACUUAUAUAUAA